AUGACCACCAAAAAUAUCCUCAUCACCGGCGGCGCCGGCCUCGUCGGCCCCCUCCUCGCAGCCCGUCUCCUAUCUACCCCAGACCACCACGUCCUCCUCACCGACCUCGCUACCCCAUCCACGCCCCUGGGCACCACCCACCCAGAGAACCUGACCACUCUCCAAGGCGACAUCACCUCGCCCGACUUCGUGACCACCCUCGUCACCCACCCGGCCCUACAACCGCUGCACGCCGUAUACAUCCUCCACGGCAUCAUGUCGGCGGCUGCCGAAGCCGACCCGGCGCUCUCCCAGCGCGUCAACGUUGACUCGGUGCGGCUACUAACGGAUGCCCUUCUCGUACACCACCCACGGGGCUCGGUCCGAGUAAUCUACACCUCCUCCCUAGCCAUAUUCGGCCCCCCCUUUCCCCCACCAUCCCCAGCAACAUCAUCAUCCCAAGUGACCACCACCAAACAAGGCAUCAUCCCCCCCACCCCCCAAUCCACCUACGGCACGCAUAAACUCCAAACCGAACUCCACCUCAACAACCUGCACCGUCUCGGCGCCUUCCACAACACCGUCCUCGCCCGCUUACCCACCCUCUCCGUCCGCCCGGGCAAACCCACCGGUGCCGCCUCCUCCUUCCUAAGCGGUAUCAUCCGCGAACCGAUGGCCGGGGUCGAAGCCAUCGUCCCGUUGACGGAUCGGUCGUUCAGGGCGUUCUUGGCGUCCCCGCGGACGGUGGUGGAGAAUUUGGUGAGGGUUUUGGAGUGGGAGGAAGGGGUGCUGCCGGAGAGGCAUGUGAGGUCGGUGGUGUUUCCGGGCGUGGCGGUUAGUGUGCAGGAGUUGAGGGAUGCGUUGGGGAAGUUUGGGGGGGAGGAGAAGGUGGGGUUGAUUCGGGAGGUGAGGGAUGAAGGGUUGGAGGGGAUUUUGAGGGGGUGGGGGGAGGAGUAUGAGGUUGGGGGGGCUGUGGAGUUGGGGUUGGUGAGGGAUGAGAGUGGGGAGGGGUUGCCCCCCUCCCACACCCACACCCCCCCCGUCCGCCUCCUCAAAUCCCUCCUCUCCCUCCUCUCCCCCUUCACCUACCUCCACCUCUCCCUGCACCACCCCCUCUGGCACUUCCUCGAACACCACCUCUACGCCCUCCCCAACCCCCCGCCCCCCCGCACCCGCACCCGUCCCAUGGAAGUCCUCUGCGUCGGUUUACCGCGCACAGGUACCGAGUCCCUGCAACAGGCGCUCAUGGCGCUGGGGUAUGAACAUACUUAUCAUGGGUGGGAUGUGGUAUAUGAUGAGGAGUGUUAUGCGCCCGGGUGGGUGGAGUUGGCGAGGCGGAAGUGGUAUCCUGCUUCGGCGGUUCCGGCUUCGGACCUUUUCGGGGAAGGGGGUAAGGAAGGGGGAGUGAACGCGGGGGAGUUUGAUAAGCUGUUGGGGCAUAGUGUGGCGGUUACGGAUGCGGCGGCGAGUGUGUUUGCGGCGGACUUGAUUGCGGCGUACCCUGAGGCGAAGGUGGUGUUGAAUAUGAGGAGGGAUUUGGACGGGUGGGAGAGGAGUUUGGAGAAUACGCUGGUGCAUGCGAAUGAGAGUUGGGGGUUUUGGUUGGCGAGUUGGUUGGAUCGGGAGUGCUUUUGGGCGUGGCAUGUGUAUGAGCGGUUUUUGUGGCCGGUGUUGUUUAGAGCGCCGGAUGGGAAUAUGAAGAGGGCGAUUAGGGCGAAUGCGCGGUGGGUGCAGCGGGAACACGCCAACAUGAUCCGCGGCCUGGUCCCCAAAGACCUCCUGCUGGAGUGGUACAUCGAGGACGGUUGGGAGCCCCUGUGCCAGUUCCUCGGCAAGCCUGUCCCGGACGUCGAGUUCCCUCACGCCAACGCCCUCAACACCGGCUGGAAGGCCCGCGAAGACCAGGCCAACAAGCGCUGGAUCGAGCGCGCGUUCCUCAACAUGAUCAUCUUGGGCUUUGCCCUCACGGCUGUGACGGUGGCGCUGCGGAGAUAUGUUUUGUGA